GUGAGCCGAGCCAGCCCAGCCCAGCGCCUGCGAGGGUCCGGCACGCGCCAUGCUGCGGGGAGCCCUGAGGCUGCUCCCACCCCAGUUGCGAGGCCGAGAGCUCGCCUUACCCCGCCGGGCGCGCCCCCUUAGCAGCGGCUCCGGCACUGCGGGGCGGGAAGAAAAGCCAUCUUCUUUCUUGGGAACUAAAUGGAAAGAUACAGCAGAGAUAGUGAUUAUUGGAGGUGGUUGCAUUGGUGUAAGUCUUGCUUACCACCUGGCCAAGGCUGGCAUGAAGGAUGUCAUUCUGCUUGAAAAAUCUGAACUGACGGCUGGAUCUACUUGGCAUGCAGCUGGGUUAACAACUUACUUUCAUCCUGGAAUAAAUCUGAAGAAAAUCCAUUACUACAGCAUCAAACUCUAUGAAAAAUUGGAGGAGGAAACUGGGCAGGCUGUGGGAUUUCAUCAGCCAGGCAGCAUCAGAAUUGCUUCCACUCCUACUAGAGUGGAUGAAUUCAAGUACCAAAUGACGCGAGCUGGUUGGCAUCCAGCAGAGCAGUGUCUUAUUGGGCCUGAGAGAAUACAAGAGCUGUUUCCCAUAUUGAACAUGGAGAAGGUUUUAGCUGGCCUGUAUAACCCCGGAGAUGGUCAUAUUGAUCCCUAUUCUCUCACUAUGGCCUUGGCCGCAGGAGCCAGGAAAUAUGGUGCCUUGUUAAAUUAUCCAGUCCAAGUGACAAAUCUGAGCCCUAGAUCAGAUGGGACCUGGGAAGUUGAAACUCCACAUGGAAUAAUUAGAACAAACAGAAUUGUGAAUACAGCAGGCUUCUGGGCUCGUGAAAUAGGCACAAUGAUUGGACUGCACCAUCCCCUAAUACCUGUUCACCAUCAAUAUGUUGUCACAUCAACUAUCCCUGAAGUGAAAGCCCUGAAAACGGAAUUGCCUGUGCUUCGUGACUUAGAAGGAUCAUAUUAUCUAAGACAGGAAAGGGAUGGGCUUUUAUUUGGUCCAUAUGAAAGUCAGGAGAAAAUGAAACUACAGGAGUCAUGGGUAACAAAUGGAGUCCCACCAGGUUUUGGAAAGGAACUUUUUGAGUCUGAUUUAGACAGAAUAAUGGAUCAUAUCGAGGCUGCAAUGGCAAUGGUCCCAGUCCUGAAACAAGCAGACAUCAUUAACACAGUUGCUGGUCCUAUCACAUAUUCUCCAGACAUUCUUCCUAUGGUGGGACCACAUCAGGGUGUCAGAAAUUACUGGGUAGCAAUUGGCUUUGGAUAUGGCAUUAUCCAUGCUGGAGGCGUCGGAAAGUAUCUCAGUGAUUGGAUCCUAGGUGGGGAGCCUCCUUUUGACCUGAUAGAAUUAGAUCCCAAUCGCUAUGGAAAAUGGUCCACCACCCAAUAUACAGCAACAAAAGCAAGAGAGUCUUAUGGAUUUAACAACAUUGUUGGUUAUCCUAAAGAAGAAAGAUUUGCUGGGAGACCUACAGAGAGAGUCAGUGGGCUUUAUAAAGUGCUUAAAUCUAAAUGCUCAAUGGGUUUCCAUGCAGGAUGGGAGCAACCUCAUUGGUUCUACAAGCCUGGAGAUGAGAUUGGAUACAAACCCAGUUUUCGACGCACAAACUGGUUUGAACCUGUGGGUCGUGAAUAUAAGCAGGUUAUGGAAAAAGUUGGUGUGAUUGACCUGACACCAUUUGGCAAGUUUAUUGUCAAAGGGAAUGAUUCGGUUAAACUGUUGGAUCACCUGUUUGCAAAUGUCAUUCCAAAGGUGGGUGCUACAAAUAUAAGUCACAUGUUAACACCGAGAGGCCAAGUCUAUGCUGAGCUAACCGUCUCUCACCUGUCUCCAGGGGAGUUUUUGCUGGUGACUGGUUCUGGGUCAGAGCUCCAUGAUCUGAGAUGGAUAGAAGAGGAGGCACUGAAGGGUGGAUACAAUGUUGAGAUUAAAAACAUUACAGAUGAGAUGGGAGUACUUGGCAUAGCAGGUCCAUUUGCACGAAAGGUUCUCCAGAAACUGACCAUUGAGGAUCUCAGUGAUUCUGCAUUUAAAUUUCUUCAGUCCAGAUAUAUUAAACUUUCUGAUAUUGCUGCUACUGCUAUUAGGAUAUCCUAUUCAGGUGAACUGGGUUGGGAACUCUACCAUAGAAAAGAAGAUUCUGCAGCUCUGUACAAUGUCAUCAUGGAAGCAGGCCAGGAAGAAGGAAUCGAUGACUUUGGAACUUAUGCUCUGAAUGCCUUAAGGCUGGAAAAAGCUUUCCGGGCCUGGGGAGCAGAGAUGAACUGUGACACUAAUCCUCUGGAAGCUGGACUGGACUAUUUUAUCAAGUUAAACAAGCCAGCAGACUUCAUAGGAAAGCAAGCACUGAAGCAGAUUAAAGAAAAGGGGCUUAAACGGCGACUGGUGUAUCUCACCUUGGAAACAGCUAACAUUGAUCCAGAGGGAAAUGAAAGUGUGUGGCAUAAUGGCAGAGUUGUUGGCAAUACCACAUCUGGAAAUUACAGCUACAGUACCCAGCAGAGUCUGGCUUUUGCAUAUGUCCCCACAGAACUCAGCAAAGUUGGACAGAAGCUGGAAGUUGAACUGCUAGGACAAAAUUAUUCAGCAACCAUUGUAGAGGAACCACUGGUUCUGACCGAACAAACAAGAACACGCCUUCAGAAAAAGGGUGGGAGUGCCAAGGUGUAAAUCCAGAGGGCAGUUACAGUAAAUUCUCCAAUAUCAAUUGGCUUGACUUAUAACCAUGAAAUACAAGUUUCAGAGGGGUAGCCAUGUUAGUCUGUAUCAGCAAAAAGAACGAGGAGUACUUGUGGCACCUUAGAGACUAACAAAUGUAUUUGGGCAAAAGCUUUUGUUUUAGCCCACGAAAGCUUAUGCCCAAAUAAAUUUGUUAGUCUCUAAGGUGCCACAAGUACUCCUCAUUCUUUUUUCAUGAAAUACAAAGGAGUCAAACUACUCUAGUUCCCAAUCAUCAAGGGUGAGAUUCUCAUAGUACUCCUGUUCUUCUUUUUGCGGAUACAGACUAACACGGCUGUUACUCUGAAACUUGUCAUUUACCCUAUACAUCCAUGUAGGGAAUUAAGGGGAUUUAAGAUGGCCCCUUGAUUCAUUGAGUGGACUGCCCACAUAACUGCUCUGAGCACAGGGGGAGGAGAGCAGGCUCCUGUGGACACAUGCUCCCCCAUCCCCCCCCCCAAUGCUUGUGGACAGGAAGUGGGUAAAGACUCAACGGUCAUUACUCAGCUUCUCCACGCUCUCGCCAGCAGAGCUGAGCUGUUGCAGAGGGGGAAGUAGUCUGCUGUUAGUAUGAGCCAAUAGCAAACUAUUUCCCCUCUUUCAGGGUCACUUCUCUUUCCCUGGUGUGCUCCUGGGGCAGUACAGCUACACAUUGCCCCCUCCCUGUAGCCUUGGCAAAGUCACAGCCUUGUCCCCAAAGGAAUAGUUACUUAGUUCCACAUGGACACGUUCUGUACAAAACUGAAGUUGCUCUUGAACAUUGGCUUUAGAAAUUAUUUGUUUUAAAUGCAAACUGAGUAGAUAAUAUUUUUUCUCCAGCUGUGUUAUUCUGGCAGAACUUUUGAUGGAUGAUAGAAAUUAAUUCCUUCCUAAUCAAGACAUUUUAGAAAGGCCACUCUUCCUAUUGAUUGAGUAUUUUGCCAUGGAUCAGCUAGUAGACUAUAUGCAACAUUAUUCAACAUACACAAUAUUACUGCUCAGUUUCUGGACACAAUCAAAAUGCACUAACUCAUGCACCAUUUAUUGUUUAGUUCUUCCUUUCUCUGUUAAAAAUUAAGCAGCGAUGAUGACGUGUUGUCAUAUACAAGUAAUAAGUGAACAUAUCUAUUUAAACUGUGGUAUUUCAUUCAGUGUUGUUUUUGAUCACCCCAAAAAGCAAGAUUUUGGAUACUGUAGGAGAAUAUAAAUAAUGGAAAUGUAUUAAAAUAUUAUAAUAAACUUGUUAAUUCCAUAAAAUAUUCAGCAUAUACUGAGACACAACAUGAUCAUAAUAAUGCUAUCCUAAAAAAACUUUUAAAAGCUAGAAUAUUUGUUCAGAAAGCACUCAACAUUAGGCUGUUGAUUGUUCUUUUCAAAGAUCGUUGAAACAGAAAAAGGGCCCAAAAGUGCAUAGUCUUCCAAAGGAAUUGGAAACUUCUAAACCUUCAGCAAAGAAGCAGAGGAUAAAUAGAAUAUGCCAGUGGAAACACUGUUUGAAUAAUGAGCACCUACGUUUGUCAAAGAUUUAAUGCAAGUUGACAUUACAUUUUGCAGUUCAGAAUAUCCUUUUACAAAGCAGGUCAAACUAAAGUAUAAGAGCUGACAGGCUUGCACAUAGAGCUAUCUUGAAUGAGAAAUCCAUUUGGAAAUUAUUCUAUUAUAUUUUCAUAAGUGAUUUAGGGCCAUUUUGCUGAACCAAUCAGGGA